ACGUAAAGAUUUUCAUGCAAUAGAAUAUAUUAAUAAAUAAUAAAAAUGCGAGCAAAUGAUACUGAACGUAAUGAAAAGGAGAUAGAAAUAAUAGAGACGAUGGAGAAGUUUGGCAGAUAUCAGAUGCUGCAGUACUUCUUGAUCUGUCUGCCUGCUAUCGUCGUCACCAUGCUUAAUGUUAACUAUGUUUUCGUUGCUGGAGAAGUCAACUACAGAUGUCGUAUACCAGAAUGUGAGGGUCAGUAUCCAGUGUACAACACAACGUGGUGGCCGAACAAGAAUAUAGAUAGGUGUACGAGGCCACUACUCAAGGAACUGACAGGAGGAACGUGCACCAAUGACAGUUUCUCUGACGCUGUCGCGGUCUGCACAGAAUGGGUCUACGAAACUAAUGACACUGUCGUUGCUGAGCUCGAUCUCGGAUGUCAGCCGUGGAAGUCAAAUAUGAUCGGCACAAUCCACAAUGUUGGCUUAUCCCUCGCAAUGUUGGCAUCUGGAUGGAUGUCUGACAGAUUUGGUCGUUUACCGACUUUUAUACUGUGUUCGGUAGGAAGCUGUAUUGGAUUAUUGAAAGUCUUUGCUAAAACGUACUACGUGUACGUCUUGAUAGAAUUGUUGGAAGCAACCAUUGCUGGAGGAACAUACACUUCUGCUAUGGUACUAAUGAUAGAAAUAGGCGGUAAAAAUAAUAGGAUUUUGGCGGGAGUUAUAUUUGCUUACGCUAUAUAUGUAGGUGAAACACUCUUCGCACUUAUAUCAAUGUAUGUACCUUACUGGAAAAACUUGGUAAUGAUAAUUUACAGUCCAGCAAUAUUGUCCAUUUUACUGAUAUUUGUAAUCAAAGAAAGUCCUCGAUGGCAAUUACUUAACAACAAAACGAAAAGCGCUAAAAGAACACUACUCCACGUGGCUAAAGUCAACAAAGUUAAUAUUAAUAAUGAAAAAUUGCUAAAUAUGAAUGAAGAAAAUCUUAAAAAAGAGUUUAAUAUUGAUAGUUAUGAAGAGAAAGAAGGUUUAAUGGCUAUAUUUAAGUCCAGAGAGAUGAUUAAACGAUCAUUAGUCGCUGCGUUCUGCAAAUUUACGUCAGGCUUUGUGUACUACGGCUUAAUGGUGAAUUCUGUUUACUUGCCGGGUAACAAAUAUACUAACUUUAUGCUCGCUUCAGUGAUGUCAUAUCCUGGUGAGCUGAUGUCUUUGUAUUUGAUGAAUAAGAUUGGAAGGAAAUUUCCUUUGAUAUAUGGAUAUUUACUAUGUGGGCUACUCUGUGCUGCUUGUGGCUGGAUACCUGAAGCAUACACUUGGCUUAAAAUAACCGUAUUCUUAUUGGGUAAACUGAUAGUGUCUGUGUGUUAUACUGGUGUUAUCACUUACACUAUGGAGUUGUUCCCAACCAGUGUGAGGGGCACCUUGCUAGGGGUGUGUUCCGUCAGUGCUGCGUUUGGCAGUAUGUUGGCACCCCUUACUCCUAUUCUAAAUUCAGUGUCUGUGGUUCUUCCAUCAAUGAUCUUUGGGAUAACAGCCAUUAUCUCUGGCAUUCUUCUGACGCGAACACCAGAGACUAAAGACGCGCCUCUCUUGGACACCAUAGAGCAAGUGGAGAAAGCUUAUGGAAAGGCGAGAGAAAACAGACAAGGCGAAGAUAAUCCUGGAUUUAAUAAAAAUAUAAAUGAUUAAAAUACAAUAGUUUUA